GUGACAUUCAUUAACCGAUGACUAUUCUCAACCAACCACAAAGACAUUGAUACCCUCUACCUAAUCUUCGGCGCAUGAGCCGGAAUAGUGGGUACCGCCCUAAGCCUCCUUAUCCGAGCAGAGCUGGGCCAACCUGGCGCCCUACUAGGAGACGACCAAGUCUACAACGUAAUUGUCACAGCCCAUGCUUUUGUCAUAAUCUUCUUCAUAUUUAUGCCAAUCAUAAUCGGAGGGUUUGGAAACUGGCUGGUCCCUCUAAUAAUCGGAGCCCCAGACAUGGCAUUCCCCCGAAUAAAUAACAUAAGCUUCUGACUUCUUCCCCCAUCCUUUCUACUCCUUCUAGCCUCUUCCACCGUUGAAGCAGGAGCAGGAACAGGCUGAACUGUAUAUCCCCCUCUCGCCGGUAACUUAGCCCAUGCCGGAGCUUCAGUAGACCUAGCCAUCUUCUCCCUCCACCUAGCAGGUAUCUCCUCUAUCCUGGGCGCUAUCAACUUUAUCACCACAGCAAUUAAUAUAAAACCACCCGCCCUUUCACAAUACCAAACCCCCCUAUUCGUCUGAUCCGUCCUAAUCACAGCAGUCCUACUCCUCCUAUCCUUACCAGUUCUUGCCGCUGGCAUUACCAUGCUUCUUACAGACCGUAACCUAAACACUACCUUCUUCGACCCUGCAGGAGGAGGAGACCCUGUACUUUACCAGCAUCUUUUCUGAUUCUUCGGACACCCAGAAGUGUACAUCCUAAUUCUCCCAGGAUUCGGAAUCAUCUCUCACGUCGUAGCCUACUACGCAGGAAAAAAAGAACCAUUUGGGUACAUAGGAAUAGUGUGAGCUAUACUAUCUAUUGGCUUCCUAGGAUUCAUUGUCUGAGCCCACCAUAUAUUCACAGUAGGGAUAGACGUAGACACUCGAGCAUACUUCACAUCUGCUACUAUAAUUAUUGCCAUUCCAACAGGAAUCAAAGUAUUCAGCUGACUGGCAACACUACACGGAGGCACAAUCAAAUGAGAUCCACCAAUACUAUGAGCCAUAGGAUUCAUCUUCCUAUUCACCAUUGGAGGACUAACAGGGAUCGUCCUAGCAAACUCUUCACUAGAUAUCGCCCUGCAUGACACCUACUAUGUAGUAGCCCACUUCCACUACGUCCUAUCAAUAGGCGCAGUAUUUGCAAUUUUAGCGGGCUUCACCCACUGAUUCCCCCUAUUCACCGGCUACACCCUCCACUCCACAUGGGCCAAAGCCCACUUCGGCGUAAUAUUCGUAGGCGUCAACCUAACCUUCUUCCCCCAACACUUCCUAGGCUUAGCCGGCAUGCCACGACGAUACUCAGACUACCCAGACGCCUACACACUAUGAAAUACUAUCUCCUCUAUCGGCUCACUAAUCUCCCUAACAGCUGUAAUUAUGUUAGCAUUCAUCAUCUGAGAGGCCCUAGCAUCAAAACGUAAAGCACUUCAACCAGAACUAACAAGCACCAACGUUGAAUGAAUCCACGGCUGCCCACCUCCAUUCCACACCUUCGAAGAACCAGCCUUCGUUCAAGUCCAAGAAAGG